UUUGAGCUGGGAGCAGUAGAACUACAUCAAAGUUUACCCCCCCCUCCCUCCCUCACUCCUUCUGUGUAGUUACAUUUAAAAAAAAAUAUAUGAGUGACAAUGUCAAGGCUUCUCCUGAGAGCAAACCUAAGGAGGUGCAUCGCCUCUCAGAUGAGAAUGGCAUCUGAUCAGCUUGGUGAGUUGGGCAAGGGAGCAGGCAAAGGUGGUGGUGGAGGAGGCUCGGUGAGGGAGGCAGGCGGUGCAUUUGGAAAGAGAGAGGCGGCAGAGGAGGAGCGGUACUUCAGGCAGAAGGAGAAGGAGCAGAUGGAGGCGCUGAGGAAGCAUCACGCGGAGGAGAUCGAUCACCACAAAAAGGAGAUCGAGCGCCUACAGAAGGAGAUUGACCGGCACAAGGGCAAAAUCAGAAAGCUUAAACAUGAUGACUGAAGCGGGGAAGCCUGGCAUUAUUUCUCUUCCUCAGAGUCCGACCAUCUUAUUGCCGAGUCAAUGAUCAUCAGAUAUUGAUUAAUUUACUGCUCGUCAAGGCAGGUUCUGUAUCAGACUUAAUGCUGAGAUCAUGAAUACGAAGAAACAAUAAAGUACUUAACUUUUCGCAUUCCA